UCACAUGACGAUGGCAGCAGGAGCAGCACCAGCAUCCCCGCUCUGCUGAAAUAGCCACUGGAGAAGGAAGGGAAGGAGAGUGGGGGAGAACAGGACACGGGGAAGAAAGAGAAAGGUAAAAGCAAGCAGAGCCUUGUAGCCCACCGUACUACUUCAUCAGCAUCAGGCUAGAAAAGUGGGGGGAGACCCACCCCCUUGCGAGAGGAUUCGGAGACAAAGGAAGCUUCAUGUUCAAAGGACCAGUGGAGAACAAAAACGAAGCAGCCAUGUCUGAGCUGGUCCCAGAGCCACGACAAAAACCAGUUGUACCGAUGAAACCCAUGGGCAUCAACGCCAGCUUACUGGGCUACAUCGGUAUUGACACCAUCAUUGAGCAGAUGCGCAAGAAAACCAUGAAGACAGGUUUCGACUUCAACAUCAUGGUUGUAGGUCAGAGUGGACUGGGAAAAUCAACGCUGGUGAACACCCUCUUCAAAUCCCAGGUGAGCCGCAAAUCUUCAGGCUGGAACCGUGAGGAGAAGAUCCCCAAGACGGUGGAGAUCAAAGCCAUUGGGCAUGUCAUUGAAGAAGGUGGUGUCAAAAUGAAGCUUACAGUUAUUGACACACCAGGAUUUGGGGACCAGAUCAACAAUGAGAACUGCUGGGAGCCUAUUGAGAAAUACAUCAAUGAGCAAUACGAAAAAUUUUUGAAAGAGGAGGUGAACAUUGCAAGGAAGAAACGAAUUCCAGACACGCGAGUGCACUGCUGCCUCUACUUCAUCUCCCCUACAGGCCACUCCUUGCGGCCUUUGGACCUGGAGUUCAUGAAACACCUCAGCAAGGUAGUGAACAUCAUCCCGGUUAUUGCCAAGGCUGACACCAUGACCUUGGAGGAAAAGACUGAAUUCAAACAAAGAGUGCGCAAAGAACUUGAAGUAAAUGGGAUCGAGUUUUAUCCCCAGAAAGAAUUUGAUGAGGACUUGGAGGAUAAAACAGAGAACGACAAAAUCAGGCAGGAAAGCAUGCCCUUUGCAGUAGUGGGCAGCGACAAGGAGUACCAAGUGAAUGGCAAAAGAGUCCUGGGCAGGAAAACACCUUGGGGAAUCAUUGAAGUGGAAAACCUCUCUCACUGUGAAUUUGCUCUACUUCGAGAUUUUGUCAUCAGGACCCACCUUCAGGACCUAAAAGAAGUGACCCACAACAUCCACUACGAGACCUAUAGGGCCAAACGGCUGAAUGACAAUGGAGGGCUGCCCCCCAUGACUGUCGAGACAGAGGAAAACCACGAAAGUAACCUGUGAAUGAUCCUCCCCCCGCUGUCACCCGGUGUCUCCGAAUAUGACAUCCCACCCCUGCUAUCCUUGACUCUGCCAUGGGCCUGUCUCUGAAGCAUGUGGCACAUCCUCCGUGGGCAUGAGAGGAUGCAAGUGUGAGUGUGUGCAGGCGUGCAUGUGCCCACCCGUGUGCCAGAGAGGGACCAAGGGCAUCUCCCCCACCCUUCCCAGAGUGUCCUCAUUCUCAGUUUGUUUUUUGCACAGUGGACUGUCCGUCAUCUUCCCUUCUCUCUUUUCUGUGUCUCAGCUGUGUGUCUUGCCUGGGGCAAAUAGGGUUGGGGGGGGAGGAUUUCUGGGCGCAUGGAUAUUGGAGGUGGGAGGUGUGGGGCAUGUUGUGGUCCUGUUUUUAUCACUUGGAGACAUGGCAAGGAGAGACUCCAGGAGAGAUGGUGAAGUCAGUGCAUGCAGCAUUUUCAAGAGACGUCAGCAGAGAUUUCUCUUGGAUCUUCCAAGGGUGUAAAGGCAGUUGAUUGCUUUGAGGGCAUGGUGGUCUGGCAUUUUAUCCCCAUUUCUUGCUGUGGCUUCCCAAGGGGAAAUGGCACCUUGGAAGUGGAUAGGUAAGAGAAGACUGACACGUUUUAUGGUUCAGAGCAAGUGACUGGUGGGAGGAGACAAAUUAGUUCUUGGGCUGUAGCAUCUAUUUGAGAAGCAUCAAAGUAUUUGGGGAAAAUAUAUGUAUUUUCCAAAAGAAGCAAAACCCAGAGGAAAAGAACAUGUGCCCGCUGCAGAGGGUGCAUUUGCCCUGCCCAGUGCUAAAGUCAAAAGCCAUGCUUGUGUCACAGGCAUUUGACUCUGUGCAGAUCAGACCAAGCUGUCACCUGGGGUCACCUCACCUCCUGGGGUCACCCCAUCCCAUUGCUGCAAUCCCCCAUUGCAGUGGUCUCUCCACCAGCAGUGAGCACACCCCAGGCAACCUUACUCUGACCUUUCCCCAACAUGGCCCCUCUGCUGUGGGAGUGCAGGAAAGACAGUGCCACAGGGGAUCCCUGCUGGGAGCUCCCACAGGGACAGCUCCACUCGGCACAGGGCCUUGAGGAUCUUGAGAGGAGUGCAAAGAGCUAUGGAUUGAGAAGCACUGGGUCAGGGUGUGUCCCUGGGUCUUCACUGAUGGUGGAGAUGCAAGAGAUACCUCCUCCUCAUUGAUAUGGCUGCACUUGUUAUUGCAGCAGUCUCAGGGCUGUUCCUCUGUCCUCCUACUGUCCUGUGUCUUCCUCAACUCCUGUGCUUUUAUUCUCAUUCCCUUUUAGCCCUCCAUAGCUUUCUUCCCUCCUUUCUUUCCCUAUCUCAUUUUCUCUGCUCUUUACUCUUUCUGUCUCUCCUUCAUUUUUCCAAGAACUUGAAUAUUCCUCUUCUCCAGGCUGUUUCCUCCCUCUCCCAAGCUCUCACAUCUUCUUAAUAAUGUGCUUUUGUGCCCUGUUGAGGAGCUAUCAUUUUACCUUCCCCAGAGUAGAAAAAGGCACAGCUUUACUGAAGACUA